AUGGCUAUAGAUGCUGAAAGUUUUUAUGGAAAAAGAAAAAAGUGCAGAAGCACCUUUGAAGAAAAUAUUGAGAAAUAUAAAUUGUUAAGAAAAGUUAAGACAACACAUGAUGAUGGAUGUGAUAGAAAAAAUAUAAAGAAAAGAUAUUUUUAUAAACAACAUGAUGUUCUUUCAUAUUAUGAUGAUUUGAUCAAUGAUAAAAUUAUAAAUGGAUAUACAGAUAUAAUUAUAUACACAGAAGAAAUGGAAAAUGGAAAAAGAUGUUUCAUUUUAGAAUCAUUUUUUUCCUUCUUAAAAUAUUAUUGUUUUUAUGCUAUGUCAUUAAAUGAAAUAUAUUUUAUUAACAAUGAAAAUAUAAAUAAAGAAAAAAUAAUAAUAAAUGAGCAAAUACAACAUGAUAUGGACAAUACAAAUUCAAUUAAAGAAAAUCCUGAUAUGCAUUUAUAUGAGCUUAUUGUAAGUAAUGAAAAACGAUGGUUAUAUUUCGAUAUAGAAUAUGAUAUAAUAAAUAAUUAUGAAAAUAAAGAAUCUAUAUUGUUUAUUUUUAUUAUCGAGUUUUGUUUAUAUAUAUAUUCUAAUUUUAAUAUAAAAAUAUGUUUAAAUGAUAUUUUAAUUUUAGAUAGUUCAACAAGUAAAAAGGUUUCUUUUCAUAUAAUCAUAAAAAAUAUACACACACUUAAUAAUGAUUAUUAUGAAUAUUUAAUAGAUUAUUGUAAUUUUUAUAUAUCAAAAAAUGAAAGGGAAAAAAAAUCAGAAAACUCAUUUUAUCAUAAAUAUAAAAAGAAACAAUACAAAAGAAAUCAUAAUAAACAAAAUGAAGAAAAUAAACCAUAUGAAAAAAAUUAUUUACUUUUUGAUGAUGAAAAUUGUAUAAAAAACUUUGUUGAUUUAUUUCUAUAUCAUAUAUCUGAUCAAAUAAAAUACUGUGAAAAUUCUUUUCUUGUUAAUAAUACAACGGUUUAUAUAGAAUAUGAAGAAUUAGUAGAAUUGAAUAAUAAUAUAAAUUUUGUGCGAACAAAUGAAAUAUAUAAUAAUAAUAAGGAAAGAGAAAAAUGUUAUGAAGAAAAAGAAAAUAAUCAUAAUUGUGAUGAAAAUGAUAAUUGUGGUGAUAAUGAUAAUUGUGAUGCAAAUGAUAAUUGUGGUGAAAAUGAUAAUUGUGAUGAAUAUGAUAAUUGUCAUAAAAUUUAUAAUUGUGAUAAAACUAAUAAUUGUCAUAAAAUUUAUAAUUGUGAUAAAACUAAUAGUUGUGAUGAUGAUUUACAAAAAAUUAUAAACGAUUUUAGUGAAGUCACAGACAUUCAUCAUAUCAACAACAAUUUUAUGUUAAUGCCUUUUAAUAAAAAUAUGAAUGUAAAUAAUUGUGAACAAAAAAAAACAAUAGAAUAUUUUGAUUUGUAUAAGAAAUCACUUGAUGAUAUUAUUACACAUUAUAUAAAUUAUUUGCAGAAAUUAAAAGAAGGGGAAAAAACAUAUUGUAAUUAUAUUGUACUUUUAUAUCAAAUUAAAAGAGAAGAUAGUACUGAUCAGAAUUUGGUUAAUGAUAUGAAUAUUUUUAAAAUAAAAAAAAAAAAUCUUCUUAAUAAUAAUGAUCAUAUAUUAAAUGAUUAUGAUAAUACAAAUAAUAAUUAUGAAGAAACUAAUUCAUUACUUAUAAAUGAGAAUAAAAAUAAUAUAAUUGAAAAUGAUAAAUAUAUGGAAGAGCUUAUAUUACUUUUUGAAAAUACACCUUAUAAUUAUCAACACAUUGAAAAUAAAAAAAAAAUUAAUAAAAAAAUUCAGACUUUAAAAUGUAUUAUUGAUAGUUCAGUCUAUAGUAAAAAUCGAAACUUUCGAUUAAUUUUUUCAAGUAAGAAAAACAAAAAAAAUAAAUUAUUAUUAAGUAAAAAAAAUGUGAAGAAAUAUCAAAAAACAGAUAUUAAUGAUAUUAUACUCAAAAGUUUAGUUACCUUUUAUUUUAAAAGUGAUAUAAAUUAUAAGAUAAAUGAAAGUAACAUUUGUAAUCAAAAUUUGUUAAAUAAUACCAUGAAUUGUUAUAUUAAUAAUUUAUAUGAAAAUAAAACAAUCAAUAGUGAUAUUAUUGAUAUGAAAGACAUAAAUGAUAUAAAUAAUAAUAUAAAUAAUAAUAUACAUAAUAAUAAUAAUAAUAAUAAUAAUGUACGUGAUACCAAUAUUAAUAUACUUUAUAUUAAUAAUGAUAAUAUAAAAAAUGAUCAUUCUAAAUUCAAUAAUAUCAAUUCUUCAAAUAAUUCAUGUAAAUUAUUAAAACAUAAAAAUAUAUUCAUGCCUAAAAAUAAUACCUUUCAUAAAAAUGCAAUACACAAUCAAGAACAUUUUCAUAAUAUUUUAAAAAUACUCUUUUUCUGGAAUUUCGAGUUAUAUAAAAACUUUAAAAAAAAUAAAAUAUAUCUCAAUUCUUUUCAAAAUGAAAUUAAAAAAGAUUAUUUUUAUAAAAUCGUCUUAAUAUAUAAUAAGAUUGCAUUUCAAAAUUAUUUAAAGGAGGAUAAUCCUAAUAUGAAAAAUUAUAAUGAAGCGAAUAAACAUAUUUUUGAAGAGAACUUAUCUUUAGAAAAUUCAAAGAAAAUAUGUCAACUUUCAAAUAUUUCUGAAAAGCAAAAUGAAAACAUAGAUAAAAAUAACGAACAAAAUCAAAAUGAAAAUCAAAACAUAAAAGACAAGAAUGAUAAAAAUGAAUUAACAAAUAAUACAAAUUACGAUUUCAAAAUAGAAGACAAAAAUUAUAUUAAUAUAAAUAAUAAUAUACAUUUAAAAGGUUCAAAUAAAGAUAAUAUUAUAUGUACAAAAAAAAAAAACAUAUAUGAAUAUGAUCUUGAGAGUUACAAUAAUUUAUUUCUAAAAAAUGAAAAUUUCUAUAUAGAUCUUUUAAAUGAAUAUAAAAAUGUUUUUUCUAAAGAAAUUCGUCAAGAUGAUUUAUCUCUUUUAAUCAAAUAUUUCGUACAUUCAUUUACAUCAAAUGAUGAAGAAUAUAUUAUUAGUUUGAAAGAUAAUAAAUUCUGUAAAAAUAAAAAUAGAUCACAUAAAUCAAAUCAUAUAUAUAUUAUUUAUAAUUAUAAGAAAAAGCUUUUUGUUCAAAAAUGUUUUGAUCAUGAGUGUGCUCACUAUAUAUCGCAAAUAUAUUAUUUAUGA